CUCCUCCCUCUAGUGCUGGGAUGUGAGAGAGAGACCCGGAGGAGAUGGAGACCUUCAUCCAUCUUUACCCGAAUCUGACCGAUGUGGGAGUCAAGCCAACAUGUGACUGUCACAGUGCGUCAUAGUUAGGUUCUGUCCAGCCUUUACGCUCGUUUCUAUAGCAUCACAGAACUUCAGAGAAUCCUAAAACAUCCCAAUUACCCACAAUGCAGUCCUCUUCUCAGGCUCCGAAGCCGCGGCGUUUCGAUGCCAGCAGGCGGACCACUACCUCAGCUGGAUCAAAGUUCCACGGUUCCAGUUUUAAGAGGGAGGAUAAAAACAUGAACACGAUCACCACAACCUCCCCGCGGCGGGUUACUAAAGCCCCUGCUGCUCCCUCUAGGACCAGGGUGGGUGUGCAACCUCGAGCUUCAGUAAUCCAGUCCAGGCUGAGCUCACAAAAACAGGGACCUGCCAUUUCCAAAUCAGCUAAACCCAAACCUAAAGGUGCUCGUGUAUCUACAGUAGCCCCUACUGCAGCUGAGGCUGCUCCUCUUUCUCCUCUUCUUCUCCCCUCUGUUCUCCCUCUCGACCCAAACUGCAAUGAGCCAAGUCUCCCGUGUCUGUGCUGCGAUGGGCGCUCCCCGCAGGACAACAACAGCAUGUUCAACCACAACCACAACAACAACAACACCAUAUCUCUCCGGCAGCAGCUGCAGUUGCCGCCUCCUCCAGCCCCGUGGCCCCAGAGGCAUGAUGGGACAGCGGUCAAGGAGGAGCUCCCCUCUUUAGCACAGGCCCACAUGGAGCCUCCUGCCAACCCUGCUGCCAAACUGGAGAAUGAAGUGAAGAAGGCCGAUGAAGGCGCUGAAGUAGACAACAAUAAAAAGGUGGAGGAGGACGAUGACGAUGAAGAGAGCAGCGGAGAUGUCGCCAUUGAAGAUGCUGCGGAGGAGACGGACAGUGACGACGAUGAUGAUGAUGACACGUUGGUGCCGUCGUGCUGUGACUGCCCACGGUCCCUCUUGGAGUUCUCGCUCUCCUCGUCUACCUCCUCAUCCUCUACUUCCAUCAGCUCCUGCUCUGACUUGGAGUCUGACGGUACAGAUCAGUCUCUCUGUUCCGCCAAUGAUCAGGACGAUCAGGAACCCAAAAAUAAUACCCCUAAUCUGGUCCCCAAGUUCCAGCUUUCUGCACAGUCACCUCAAUCUCUUCCUGUCAACCAAAACCCUUUCUCCCAAACAUCAUGUUCCCCGAACACUCUUUGUUCCCCAGAUGAGGGCUACCCCUCUGCGCUCGACUCACCCUCUCCAGAAUAUUUAGGACUGAAAGGUGACUCGGAGGUUAACAAAUUAGACUUGCUGGACUUUCUAGAGUCUGUAGGGGAGUUUGGGAAAAUGGAGCGCUUCAGCCAGGUGAUUCAAGUGGCUCGUUGGGAUCUGGAAGGGGAGCAACACUGGGACGUUCUGCGAGAUCGGUUAGAUCACCUGGAUCGUUUGGAAAAGGUAAACAGGGAGGUAAAACUAGCGUACGUUGCCAAACUUCAUGAGAAAGGGUGUGAUCUCGGGGAUCUGGAGGAGCAGGACCUCACAGAUGUCCUGGAUGAAAUGGGCAACAUAGAUAUUCCCUGGAAGUUGUAUAAAACCCACAGUGAAACUAUGGGCGGCUCCCAGGAGUUUUCCGACGCUGGAGUUGACCUGAGUGCCCCUUCAGACACCGAUGAGUCUCUUGUUCCAGAUUCCCUCCCCCCCUCUCCUGAGGAGCCACCACCCAGACCCCCAAAACCUCCAGCACGUCACGCCAGCGUGAUCUCUGACCUCCACACCUACAUCAACAUCAGCAGAGAAGGCUCCUCCAUGAGCAUCACCACCUCCCCUACGCUGACCACUUUCUCCCCAAACUCCUUAUCCCCCACAUUCACGACGUUCAGAUGUGAGAAGCCCCUUCCCCUAUCUCCGGCAUCCACUCCCCCUCUUCCCGCCUCAAAACCAGUUUCGUACCUCUCCCUUUAUACCACUCCAUCUCCCCCUCCAUCCAUCCCCACCCCGACGCCUCCCAUCCCUCCACCCAGAAAGCGACAUCUUGCCCGUAAGGAAGCCCAGCGCCUUGCUGCUCUUCAAGCCGAACAGGAGAAGACCCCACUCUCCCUUCCACCGCCCACCACACGGCCUCCGCCUCUGCCUCCCCCACCUGUUAUCUCUGUUACGUCUUCCUCCUCUCCACCUGCCUUGCCUCCCCCUCCGUCUUUCCAUGCGUUGGAUGUAGAGAUUCGGAAGCUGUUAAUGCUCGCUGGGUUGACACAGGCUGAGCUCCUCAAACUCAGCCCUGAGCUCGGUGUCUGUGUCGGGGGCUUGGAGGAUGAGGAAGAGGGCGAUAAUCGUGUUACGUCCCCAUCUCUGGAGCUGCAGGAGUUCAGAUUACAAGACGGGGUCAGGGAGAGUGAAACUGAUGCAAGCAAGUUGGAUGGAGAUCGAAGAGUGGAUCUACCUGAAGGCAGCAAUAAGGAGGAGAGUAAGAACACACAAAGAACCACUUCAUUUACAGAGAUGGCAAGAAGGAGGAGGAGGAACACUAGUCUGACAGCGGACCAGUACUACAGCUCAAGUUUUAGCAAAGCUUAUGAAGCGACGAGUUUUGGGUCUUUCCAUUAUCCCAACCAGGUACUAGAUUCUCCCCCGCCUCCUCCUCCGCCUCGCCCUUUACCACCCAUUCCCCCUUCCCUGCCGUCCCUUAAAGUCAGUACCUUGUCUGCCAACUCUGAGCAGCCUGAGCGCUUUGAUUGGCUCAUAGCAUUCACACCAGAAUGUGAACCCCCCCCACAGCUCCGAACUCCAGAAAAGCAAAAAUCUCGCAUGGAAACCCCCAAAAAGCUCUCCUCAUCAAGUUCAUCUCCAAGUUCAGGUCCAAAAGUGACAACCUUCAAAGAGUUGCGCUCCCGCAACAAGAGCGCCUCCCCUCCGACAAAGGUGAUCAGUGACCCCGAGCCCGACCCCACAGUCAUCACCCCCGAUCCAGAUAUACUCUACAACUUAAAGUGGAGAAGAGAGAAGGCAGGCAGCAAUGGAAACCAGUGGGAAUACACUUCGCAGGCUCAAGCCCUGUUUAUGCAGCCGCCGCCGGCGCUCACCUCCAUGGCCGCCCUGCAGGAGAUGCUGCAGAGAGCCAACGAGAAGGGUGGGCUGCCAGAGCUGUGCCCGUCACAGAAGAAUGGCUGCUCGGUCAGUGACAGCAGCCUGUGGACCGUAGGCAAAGAGAGGGUGCGAGGAGAAGGUCAGCGAGACAAACAGGAAAUAAAGGAAGAGGAGGAGGAUGUUGUGGUGAGAGGCCAGGCUGAUGGAGGGAGAACUCUGGAAUCAAGAACCACGGCUGUUCGCAGCGUCUCGUUCGCCGGCUCCGUACAGAAGAGGGACGCACCCUGGAUGGGUGAAGAUGUGGAGCGUCCGGUCCGAGGUCUUGGCCUGACCGCUCUGUGUCAGCAGGAGAAAAAAGCUCUGGUGAGUGCAGUCAGCGUGGCAGUGGAAGCCAUCUUGGCCCAGUUUAGUUCUUCCCGGACUGUAGUUCAGAAGGCCUUAUCUGGAGACAGCGCCAUAAAUCCAUCUCUGGGCCGUCUGGUGCUGCAGUGCCUCUGCCCCGCCCUGCACAACUUGCUGACUGAUGGCUUGAAACCCCACCAGAGUGACCUAAUUGCAGGCAGGAGGCCAAACUCCGCCUGGGGUCUGGUCCAGGCGACAACGAGGCCAGGUCCCAAAACCCAAGCUUUAUUCAACCUGCAAGUCCGAGUUUGUGAGCUGCCUCAGCUCAGAGAGAGCAAGCACAGGUUCAAUGCUUUCAUCUUUGGUCUGCUAAACACCAAGCUUCUGGAUUUCUGGCUGUCUCACUUCCAGUCUUGCAGCGAUGUCCUGGAGGCGUAUUACCAUCCCAGCUCGUUCAUGAGUCUGUCGCUGACCGCCUGCCGGCCUCUGUUCGAGGAGCUGCUCCUCAUGUUGCAGCCUCUCAGCCUGCUCACCUUCAACCUGGACCUGCUCUUCCAGCACCACCACCUUGAAGCAGACGCUCAGAGGCCAGAGAUAGCCAGCCCUCUGUUUCAGGGGGCCCGGCUGCAGCCACCAACACAAGGCGGAUCAAAAACCAGAGGCAGCGGUUACAUAGAAACGCUCUCACAAGUAGAUUUUGGAAAUCCAGAAAAUCUAGCAGCUACUAAGUCUUCAGGCAGAGUUAAUCCAAAGACUGAAGGAUCAGAGGUCUCCACAAAGACAUGUGCUGAACCAGUAAAGGCUUCUUUUGGUUUUGAACAAACAAGUCCUCAGCUGCUGUGGGUGCAGGAAAAGGAAAUCGGAGCUCUUCCUCCUCCUGAUGUGGAGGAAGAUAGCUUUGCUCUUCAAGCAGGACAGGUGAUCCAACAGGGAUGGGGAGCUGUGGUGCGCUGGGGGGGCCGGCUGAGCCAGAACCUGGCUGAACUGAGCCUGUCUGCAGGGAAAAAGGAGGAGGCCCAGGCAGGAAGUGAGUACGCUCCCGUCAGCGGCGGCACUCCGGUUCCCUGGAGACUGGGUCGACUCUUCGGAGCCUCUAAAAGCCCCAACAGUCCAGCCCGUCACACGCUGCCCACCAGACGUCCCUCUCAGUGGUUGGCUCCUGGAGUCACCGCUCUGACCCAAAUGGUGAGCAGCAGUUCAGCUCCCAUACUACGAAGGAUCCCCGAGGCCCAGGGAGGAAGCGAGCUGGAAUCAGAAGAAGACACUGACACAGUGGAGAUGAAGGACAAACCCAAACCACUCAGGUCCGUUCGAAUGCUGUGCGACCACACGGGAACCGGUUCGGAGCUCAGCUUCUGCAAAGGGGAGGAACUCGUGGUGUUAGGAGGCGUUGAUCAGGACUGGAUUCGAUGUCGUCAGGGAGACAAGGAGGGGAUGGUACCUAUUGGCUACACCUCCCUUAUCAUGUGACAACACUAAAACUGCUGCAUUAAUUCAAUACAGAAAGAAAAAUACAUAUAAAAUAUAUACAUAUAUGAAUAUAUAUAUUUUAGGUGAGCAUUGAGAGGUUGUGGGGACAAUGCACCACUCUGAAAGGGAUACUUUGCACUGGUUUGAUUACAGUUUGAGUUGAGAGCAUAACGCCAUCUGUUCUGCUUUGCUUUGAUCACAAGUAGUCUUCAACCCUCUCCUGUUAUGAACAUACAGGAUGUUUUUCCAUCGCAGUCCAUCCAGUUUGGUAGCAUUCGGCUAAUGGGUUUAAGCAGCAGGAAGACAGCAGAUGGUGUGAAAUAAUGACUCAACUCAAAUUUAGAUCGCUAUCUUUGAGUGAACUAUCCCUUUUUAAUGUCUUUCCUAAUGUCUGCCCUCCAUGUUCUGCCCAUUUGAACUCUUCCUGACAUUAGGAGGGGAGAGUCGACACUUUGGUUGGGAGUUAUGGCAGGCUUGUGAUCAAGUGGAGAAAGUACGUUAGAGUACUGCGUUGCAGCUCCUGGUGCAUAUCGCAUAUCAAUAUAGUAAAUUGUAGCUGUGUAGGUCUGUGCUGUAUUGAUCUUUCACCCUUCUUGACCUCUCAUCUUUGGCCCAGUUUGUGUGUGUGUUUAUUCUAAAAUAUUUGAUAGUAUACAAGUAUAUAUAAAGAAUCUGUGUAUAGCUACAUAAACUGAGAUUGAUAUUUCCAAGAUAGAUAGAAAGAUAGCUGUCAGUGAGAGAAAAUUGUAGGUUUGGUGUGGGAGUGAUUGACAGAUUCAUUUUUACACAUACGACUUGCCUCACCCAUCAAGUAAAUGUCCUGCAAGAUAAAAUGUUUUAAGUAUAAAAUCCAGUAUCUUCCAUCCUGCUUCAUGUGUUGCCAUAAUAGUACAUUAUUCAAUAUAUUGCGUCAUUUUCAACACAACAUGCAUUUUAAUAGGCCAUAAAUGUUUUGGUGGUACUUACAGAAUGACAAAAAACAAUUGACAGUACAG